AUGGCGGCGGCGGGCGGCGAUGGCGGCGCGGGCGGGGCUGAGGGCGGCGGGGCCGAUGGCGGGGAUGAGCCGGUACCGGCGGCGGCCCCGGGGCGCGCCCAGGUGUUCAGCGCCGUGGUGGACACGUUCCUGGAGAAACUGGUGGCCGCCGGGAGCUACCAGAGGUUUGUCAGCUGCUACCGCUGCUUCUACAAGCUGCAGCCGCAGCUGACCAGGAGCAUCUACGAUCAGUUCAUCUCCCAGCUCCAGACGUCCAUCAAGGAGGAGAUCCAGGACGUGAAGAAUGAAGGGAAUCUGGAGGGACUCUUCAGUUUGCUGGAUAAGAUCGUGGAGGAGGCCAAGGACCGGGAGGAGCCAGCGUGGCGGCCCAGCGGGGUCCCGGCGCGGGACGUGCGCAGCGCCCUGGUGCCGUUCCUGCUGCGCCACCGCUCCCACCUGCGCCGCGCGCUGCACGAGAGGCAGCACAGGAGCAGCAGCCUGGCCCAGGAGGUGCUCAAGGGCAGGGACAGCAUUGCAGAGCUGCAGCAGGCGAUCCAGGCUCGCCAGGAGGCCUGGCAGGCAAUCACUAAGGAGCAACGAGAGCUCAUCAUGGCCCUCCAGGAGCUCCAGUGAUGUCCCACAGGCUCUGCUGGGACAGCUCAUCAUCCCACAGCACUGAUGGGACAAGGUGUGUGCGCUGAGAAUCACCCCAUCAGGCCACUGGAGACUGCAGAGGGACUGGAACAGCUGCUGGACUGGCAUGGGUUGAUUAUAAACAAAAACAAACCAACAAAAGAAACAAAAAAAAAAAAAAAAACACCAACAUUGGUAUCUUUGGAAA